UAUCCUCUCUAGUUCCUGUAAAGGAAGCUCAGUCAGCUGUCACAAUUUGAGAGGCGAGAAGAGGGACCACUGACGAGGAGAAACGCACAACAAGAGCUAAAAUGUCUAGUUUUUCUAACAAGUUCGGCGCCUACACGAUGACACAGCUCAACGAAAUUCUGGAGGACGACGAAAAACUCUCGAAAAUGGUUCAAGAGAUGGAUGAGAUGCAGGAGGUCCAGCAGAGCAAGGAAAAGACACUGGUCAACAACCGAACCCUGGCUGAGCAAAACCUCGCCCUGCAGCCGAGACUGGAGCACAAGAAGGAGCAGCUCACCAAACGCUACAGCUGUCUUCAGGAGAGCUUUGAGUCCUACCAGCUUCGCAAGUCCACCCUAGACCACAAGUCAGGAAACACCUCCCUGGACACUUUGCUGGCCCUACUGCAGGCAGAGGGAGCCAAAAUAGAAGAGGAGACAGAGAAUAUGGCUGACUCUUUCCUGGAUGGUGACAUGACCCUGGAUUCCUUCAUUGAUGCAUAUCAGAGCAAGAGGAAGCUAGCCCACUUGAGAAGGGUUAAAAUUGAGAAGCUGCAGGAGAUGGUGCUGAAGGGCCAGCGGCUCCCUCAGGUGUCAGUCCCUACCUCUCGAUCUCAGGAUGUGUCAGCAGCUGGCUCCCUCCUCACUGAGGGCAGCAACAGUUCCUCCCCUGUUCCCCAGCCCAGGCGGAAACCCCCACCUCCUCCAUCCCAGCCAGCCCCAAUUCUAAAUCCAAAUCCAGCUCCAACUGCUGCCCCCCAGCCUCCUGUCUUCUACUCAGCAUCACCAUACCCGCCAAUUCCUCCCAGAACAGGCCAACCAUUCCCCAAUGUCUCCUCUGGCUACCCCAGCCAUUUCCUAUCUCAGUACCCCCCUGCUUUACCACAGAGGCCCCCACCGCGUAUGGCCCCGCAGCCUGGCUUCAUCAUGCAGUAAAUAAAAGCAGUUGCCACUCAGAGGAUGCAGUGUGUGUCAUGGACUUUCCACCACUGGAACACGUCUGAGAACUAUUUUUCUAAGUCGUCUGCCUUCUUGGAUUACGACCAAUUACAACACAAGAAGGCAGACCUGCGCUGGCUGGUCUGGUCACGUUCAGCUGAAGCAGAUUUCCAAUAAUCUCUGUGGAUUCGUGCUCACCUCUCACUCCCAUGAACACUCCAAACUAACAAAAAGACGUGACGAGAUCGGCCUUAACUCUCGCUAGCCUGAGUCCCUUCAGCAGAAGGGCCCACAGCCGGCUGUAGUGAAGCAAGUGUCAGUCUAUAGGUCACUGAGCUGGGAUUUGUCCUUUAUCAGCACUUUCUGUCGCCAGGCAGUGCCCUCAGCUCUGCUGGCCCAUUAGUAUUCAGUCUCUCACCUACCUUCAAACAUGUCCCUCAAGCUUUUAUGAAACACUAAAGUCAUUCAAAAAAGGGUUCAAUUUGUCAUUUCCAUCUGCAGCAUACUAAUAUACUGAUAUUGUAUAUGCAAACAAAGAGAGACCCUAAUUACUGUGCAGUUCUGAUGAAAAUCUCACUUCCCAGAAUAUAUUCAGGCGAAACUGCAUUUAUGCUGUGAUUAUUUUUUUUUUUAAUAUAAAAAUUCACAAGGUACAGAGAAAUAUUUGAAUUUCAGCAUCUUUUUAUGAUAUAGUACUAAUGGAGUUAUGUUAAUAAUAGCCAGGAUAGACUGAUUAACGUGUAAUGGAGGGUCUUGGUUGAUGUAUCUCUUCUUCAGUAUGUGCGUGUGUCUAAAGAGAGUCCAGACCUGCCUGGUUCACGAUGGCUGACUCUUGCACUUGGUCCAUCUCAGGGCAGAAGUCAAAAGGGAGCUGAAGGAGAGGAUUAGUGGCUGAACUAUUGUAACAAAUCACUGAGCCUUCAGAGCCUUGCUUGAAAUGAAGGAUUUAUGUAUAGCCAUACAGUACACUCCAGGUGUAUGUUGUUUUCUGCGGGUUCCUGUUGUAAUGCAACACUCCUUUAUGAUGUCCAUUGUCUUCAACACCGUCAGUUGAAAUUGGAAAUUAUGCCAACUGUUCUUUGGAUCUGAUACAUAUGGUUCUGUUCAGUUUUCUGACACUGAGCACCAAAGACUUCCCCACAUCACCCAGUUUUUUUUUCUACAUAAAAAAAAAAUAUAUAUAUAUAUAUAUAUAUAUACACACGCACACACACACACACACACACACACAUAUAUAUAUGAAAGUGAGCCAUUUAGUGAGAUACUCUACCAUUGUUCCCAACAUAUCUGUUUGUGAUGUUGAGCUGAAACACUCUUUUGUAACCAUGCAAACCAGAGUUCUUCAAGAGGAACUUGCAAAGUCAGUCUUGCUUUGGGAGGAAUCUUUUUCUGGUGCGAUAAAAAUUCACUUUUUUUCCUCCCAACUGCUGUCGCUGUGCACUGUUGAAGAGCCACGAGUGCCUACACUUGAAGUGACGUUAAUUACGUCCUGCUGAUGACUUCAUUUUUCUCUAUGCUCAGCUGUACAGGUUGGACACCCCCGCCCCCUCCCAAAACCACCAACCCUGUUAUUGGUCUCCUCCUGCUACAGAUUUCAUGUUCCACCAGAGGGCAGAAAAAGGCAGUGUCUGAGGGUUGAUCUAACAGGUUUUGCUUUCUCACUAGAAACAGGAGGCCAGAAUAGAGUGAUACUGUACAUGUGCCAGAGAGACAAGAGACCCCCUCAGGCUGUGUGCCAAGGGUGCUAGUGCUUCUCUUCCAUUCUUCCUCCAUUGUAUUGAGGUUUGCCUGGGGUGAAUUCAGAGAUUUUUGCAUGUGGUGAUGUUGCAGUUUUCUUUUUUUUUUUUUAAUUGGUAAAAUAACAGGGCUCUGAAAUGUUUUGUGUCAUAUCUUGGUGAUAGUAGUUCACUUCAAGGCAAAGAAAUGAACCAUAGAAUGGACAAAGCAUACUUAUCAGCAGGCAAAACACCAGAACGAGCAGAAGCUAAAGCAUCAAUGUCUUGAUGAACCAGCAUUUCUAACAACUAACAAUGGAUACUUCUUUUGUGCAUGGCCUUUGCUCUUUGUGUUCAGUCUGAAGAUUCCUCUUCAGUUCUUCUUCUUUUUUUUUUUAGCUGUUGAGCUGCUUUUUACAUUUGAACUGAUCCACUGUAUCCAUGGUUUUAUAUGUGGUUGGUGAUAUUUUCAGUGUAAUGUUGUAGGUAUUUACUUAUAAUGAAUGUUUAAGUGGAAUUUUAUGCUAUUUUCAAGUUCAAUAAAUCUCAAUUUUUUUGUA